AUGAUCCCAAUCCCCACGCUCCUGCCCGCCGAAUGCGGCUGCUCGAGCUGUGCGGCAGAUUCCCAGCCUCCGAAGGAGGUCGUGACCGCCGGGCCAGAACUGGAAGAAGCGCCGGUGCUGAAAGAGGCUUCCGAAGCAUCACAGCCUUCACAGGCGGAUGCACUGACACCGGUGUCUCCGAGAAGUUUGCUCCGGAUGAUAACCGACGACUCAGUGGUGGACUUUUCCAUCAAAUCGGAGCGACUGGAGACUUUGACCAAUCCCAAGAUCGAGCAGGGCAUGAUCCGGGCGAUCACCCUCCGCAAGUCCAUCCGGCAGAUGGGCCGUCUUUGGCGCCGACCUUUGCUGCCCAUGCCAGAGGAGCGCUUGACCGACCUUUACGAGUGGUCCCGUCCGGCGGAGGAGUACGACUACUUCCUGUCACACACCUGGGAGACGUGGGGUGGUCUGAAGUAUAUCUCCCUCUUAAUGCACUCCAGCCAUCGCUUUCUUCUCGGCUGCUGGCUGUCGGCCGUGGUGCUUUGCUGGUGUUUCUGCCUGCUGGAUCUACUCCCCACCUUCGGCCACGUGAACCCGGAAGCUCUUGACUGGUGGGCCGAGGGCGAGGGUUGCCCGACGGGGCCUUGGAUUAUUUGCAGUGGUUUUAUCUCAGUGAUCGUGGGGCUUCUGCUGGCGCCCUACCUGCCCGACUCCUGCAGCAGGUCUGACCAAUGUUUCAUGGAUGCGGUGUGCAUCCACCAGGCGGACCCUGAAAAGAAAAGGCAAGGCAUCGAUGCCAUCGCUGGCUUCUUGAGUGUUUCUCGACAGCUUCGGAUUUUGUGGUCCCCUUCCUACCUCUCUAGGCUUUGGUGCGUCUUUGAAAUCGCCGCCUACCGGAAGGUGAACUCUCGCGGGCAGGUGGUGCUUGCACCGCUCUUCUUGGAGCGGAUGGUGCUCUUGACCCUGAUCUUCUCCUAUGCUAUAGCAGGUCUUUUGUGGACCCUCGGUGUACAGAGCUACAACGACACGAUCUAUGCACUAUCUCUGUCACCAAUGUUGUUACUGAUCCACGCGCUGCGCCGGAACGCCACCGGCAAGACCAAGCUCUUCGAAGAGUUGGAUCAUUUCGAGCUGACAGAAACGCAUUGCAGCCUCAACUCGGACAGGGAGUUCGUUCUGGGAGCUAUCGAAACCUGGUAUGGGAGCAGGGAGGCCUUCACCAGCUACGUCCGCGGUCCAUUGCGGCAGGAGCUGCUGCAGUCGGCCACAAAGGUCUCCACCUUGUACGUUCUGCUCAUGGUCACACCCGCCGUGUCUGGGAUGCUUGAGGAUCAUUUGGCCUUGUGGAAAGGAGGGGCGCCGUUUCACGGGGUGCUGACGCAUUUCAUGGGCAGGGUUCUUGGCUCUUAUGCGUUCUGGAUCGCCUUCUGUGUGCGGAUGCUGAUCUCCCUGUGCUUUUUCUUUGCCGCGACACGGCGAUGGCUGAUCCUGGACUACCUGCUCACCUGCUGCAUUCACCUGACGGUGUGCGCGAUGGCCUUCGCGGGGGAUUUGGCAGGUCGCCGUGUGAGUCGCAGCAGCCUCUGGCUCACAGCGGGCUGGAUGUGCUUCGCGGCAGCGUCGCUCGUCGUUUUCACCUACCUUGCACGAAAGGCGUGCAAAGUCUAA